AUGGCGGCGCUGGCAGAGAUGGCGGCGACGACGAGCAGCAGAUGCAGGGUGGGGGAGGCGGGGCGGAUGUCGUCCAUAGAGUGGGAGCCCAAGACGCUCACCUUCGACCAGAUCAAGAUCGCAAGGGAGGCGGCGCUGUACGUGGUGAGCACCAAGACGGAGGAGGAGGCGAUCCGGAUCUUCACGGAGGGCCUCAAGCCCGUGCAGAUGACGACAGUCCGGAAGUCGAGCUCCAUAGACUCCUGGUCGGACGACGACGUCGAGCUCGGCUGCUGCUGCUCCAACAAAGGCUGUUGCGGCGGCGGGAGCAAAGGCGGCCGCCGUGGUCGACGGCGGCGGCACUCCAUGGACGUCGCUACAGCGCCAUUCUAG